UCAUUCAGCCCACAAUCUACACAAGCGACAAUACUAACUCUGAAUUUCUUCACUUAUGUAGCGGCAACCACCACAGCGUCUACGGAAACUUUCCUUUUUGCUCAGUUGAGAAUUCAGAUCCAUCAUGCCUCCCGCUGGUCCUCGAUCUGGUGAUGCAAUCUUUGCUAGUGUUGAGCGAGUGAACGCGGAGCUGUUUACGUUGACAUAUGGAGCGACUGUCCGUCAAUUGCUUACAGAUCUGGAGGAGGUUGAGGAGGUUAACAAACAGCUCGAUCAGAUGGGUUAUAAUAUUGGAAUCAGGCUGAUUGAUGAGUUCCUAGCAAAAUCUAAUAUCUCUAGAUGUGUAGACUUCAAAGAGACAGCUGAUGUGAUUGCAAAGGUUGGUUUAAAAAUGUUUUUGGGAGUAAAUGCAACGGUGACCAACUGGGAUGCUGAAGGCACAUGCUGCAGCAUUGUUCUGGAGGACAAUCCAUUAGUGGACUUUGUUGAGCUUCCUGAUACUUGCCAAGGUCUCCAUUACUGCAACAUCUUAAGUGGAGUAAUACGAGGAGCGCUUGAGAUGGUGUCAAUGAAAACAGAAGUAACAUGGCUACGCGACAUGCUGAGAGGAGAUGACAGCUUCGAAUUACAAGUAAAAUUGCUGAAGCAAGUCCCUGAAGAGUACCCUUACAAAGACGAUGAAUAAAUUCUCCCACCAAAAUUACUCUUUUAGUUUCAUGUCAUUUGCUUCUGUUUUUUUGUUGCUCUGUUCAUUUGGUCCAAAAAAGAUAGUUACAUUUCUAAUUCCUUCAACUGUCUAACAUGUUAAUCAAAGUUUUAUUAUAUAUACUCUUGCUUUUGUUUACUUAUUAGGAAUUAGAAUGAAAUCAAUCGAAAUCGGAAUGUUAUUCCUCUA